AUGGGCCCCCGUGACGCACCCACUUCUCCUCUCAAAGGCAGCACCUGGGUGGCCCAGAUUCAGAAAGCGCUGAACCUGCUGGGCCAGCUUUCUGCGAGACGCUACUUGCUCGGAAAUUCCAUUGCUCAUUCCAUGUCCCUGACUUUGCACAACACUGGAUUUGAGGUCCUCGGGCUUCCUCACACUCAAGGUCUUCUCGAGACAGCUGAUGUCGGUGAACAAUUCAAAACUACCUUGGCUUCUCCUGACUUUGGAGGCGCCUCUGUUACCAUUCCCUUCAAACCCGAUGUUAUAUCACUGCUUGCCAAGCUUUCGCCAGCCGCUGAAGCUAUCGGGGCUGUAAUACCAUCAUACCGGUCAUCAGGCGAGGAAGCUGCAUCCCCUGCAUAA